AGUGAAAGGCUUGGAGGCAUCACACACUCUCUCUCUCUCUCUCUCUCUCUGUCACAGUCUCCUUUUCUCUUUGUUUUAGCUCACUAACCCCAUCUCUCUCUUGCCCUGAAAUAGAGGAAGCAGAGAUGCCCAUUGAAGUGUAAUGUCUACCCACCGCUUCUGAGCCCCUCUCUCUCUCUCUCUCUCUUCUUCAAAGACUGAACCUUGUUGGGUCUUAAAACUUUCUCUCUGCUCAGAGAGACUUGGACCCAAUUGUUUUCUCUCAUUGUCUCCCUGUGUUUUUCGCUUGGAAAAAAGUCCCAAAAAGAAAGAACAGAGACAACGCUUUUCUCGAGCUCUUGUAAUUCACCCUCUCUGUUUCUUAGAUCUAUUUGCGACCCUUUUCUCUCUUUCCAUUGUUGUAGCCUUGUGUUUGUUGCAUUUGAGUUGCAGCUAUGAGUAAAGAAGAGUUCUUGAAGAUCCAGAAAUGUGUUCUCAAAGUGAACAUACACUGUGAUGGUUGCAAGCAGAAAGUGAAGAAAAUCUUACAGAAAAUUGAUGGAGUUUUCACCACCGACAUAGAUGCAGAGCAGGGGAAGGUGACUGUCUCAGGAAAUGUAGACCCUUCCAUUCUCAUUAAGAAGCUUGCAAAAUCUGGCAAACAUGCAGAGCUCUGGGGUGCUCCAAAGGCUAAUAACAACAACAACCAGAGCCACAUGGCCAAUCAGCUCAAAAACAUGCAAAUCGACAAUGGCAAAGGUGGAAACAACAAAGCCCAGAAGGGUGGUGGUGGAAACAACCAGCCCAAGGGUGGUGGUGGCAACAACCAGCCCAAGGGUGGUCAACCAGGCCAACAACAGCAGCAGCAACAGCAGCAACUUCAGCAACAGCAGCAACUUCAGCAGCAGCAGCAGCAGCAACAUCUUCAGCAACUUAAGCAGCUUCAGCAGCUUCAGCAAAUGAAAGGGUUCCAAGAUCUGAACCUCCCCCAAUUGAAGGGCAUGCAAAUGCCUCCUUUCAAGGGCCCAGACCCAAACCCCAACCAGAAGGCUGUGAAAUUCAACUUGCGUGAGGAUGAGGAUUUGAGUGAUGAUGAUUAUGAUGACCUUGAUGAUGAGGACUAUGAUGAUGAGGACUAUGAUGAUGAGUUUGAUGAUGACAUGGAUGACCCCCAUCAUCCUCUCAAUAAGAUGAAACCUGUGAUGGGUAAUGGUAAGGUGCCUAAUAUGAUGGCGAUGAUGAAUGGGAACCUUCCACAGAUGAUGAAUAUGAAUGCUGCCCAAAAGGGUGGGAAUGGUGGUCAAAAUGGAGGUGGCGGUGGGGGUGGGGGUGGGGGUAAUGGGAAAAAGGGUGGUGGUGGGCCUGUGCCUGUUCAGGUGAAUAUGGGUGGUGGGAACAAUGAGGGUAAAAAUGGAGGAGGAAAGAAGGGUGGUGGUGGAGGAGAUCACAAUCAAAAUCAAGGUGGUGGAGGUGGAAAAAAUGGAGGCAAAAAUGGGGGAUUUCCCUCAGAUGGUAAAAAUGGUGGUGGAGCAAUUAACAAGGGUGGUCCUAAUGCAAACAUCAAUAACGCCAAUGGGGGCAAAAAGGGGGGCGGUGGAGGCGGAGGCGGUGGCGGUGGAGGAAUGAGUGAAGCUCAAGCUAUGAGCAAUGCUUUUCACAGCAUGGGUGGGCGCCCCCAGGGCAUGCCUGGAGGAGGUAAUAUGGGUCAGGUGGCCAACAUGAACAACAUGGCAAUGGGGCCAAUGGGUGGCAUGCCAAUGAGCCAAAUGGGCAACAUUCCAGCUGUUCAAGGCCUGCCGGCAGCACCGAUGAAUGGUGGCGGUGGCGGAGGCGGGGCCGGCUACUUCCAAGGAGCUGGGCCCGAGGCCAUGCCUGGAAACCCCUUCCAGCAACAACAAUACUUGCAAGCUGUGAUGAACCAGCAAAGGGCAAUGGGCAAUGAGAGGUUUUCGCCUAUGGUGUAUGCUAGGCCUCCACCAGCUGUGAAUUACAUGCCAGCUGGCCCACCACCCCCAUACUAUCCAUACCCUCCUCCUCCACCAGCUGGUGAAUACACUCACUUCUUUAGUGAUGAGAACACCUCAAGUUGCAAUGUGAUGUGAAAAAAAUUGACUGAAAAUUGGUGCUGCCUGCUGCUGAUUUGGGUUAAUUAAUUUGCUGAGUUUGUGGUGGUUCAGUUCAUAGUUCCAAGGACUAGAAAUCUGGUGCCAUAUUAUACAUGGAAAUGGUUUUUUCUUCUUUUUAGUUUUAAUUCCUCUCUCCUUAUUUUUUUCAUCUUCAUCUUACUUUUUAUCCUGAGUCCAUUAGGAUUUUAAUUAUCAAUAGGGAGAGUAUUUAUAGAUAAUAUAUUUAAAGUUGUUAGGGCAACAGAUGGGAUGUAAGUGGAGGAGAUGAGAUUGUGUGCCCUCUCUGGGCUUCUCUCUCUUUUUUAUGAGAUGUUUAUAUGUGUUCAUAAGUUUCAAACAAAAAUAAUAUCAAAGAGAAUCCCUCUGCCCAUUUCUCUCCCUUAA